AUGGAAACACGAGCACCACCACCACCUCUCCUUCCACCGCCCACACACCAGCCAAUCCACGUCGAAUACCACAUCCCAAUCACUCCGAAAACUGUCUUGGAGAAACUCUACACGUAUGCAGCUGGGACUGUGCUCGAAUUCCCGGAAACCAGCGCCACUGGGGCGAUAGGACAUCUCUUUCCGAUCGCGGCCUACAAACCGACUCGCAACGUCGCCUACUCACUCGGCGAACCUAAGGGAGCUGGCAACAAAAUCCCAACGAAACUCUCAUUCAAGACUUGUCAAGGUAUCAAGGCCUGUCCUUACGCCGAUGAGGCAGCUCUCCGCGUAGCGCAUACUACUGCUUCCCGGGAAGAAAUUGCGAGGCGUCUGCAGCUAGAACGGCAACAACGAGAUAGCGCCGCCUCAACACGAGGUGCUCUCUUACAAAAGACACGGGCAUACUUUACUGCGCUCAAACGCCAAGGCUGCGGAGCGCCACUCCAAGAAACAACACUGUUUGAUGUUGCCGAACACCAGCAAGAAGAGCGUCGAGCGGCUCAAGAACAACAACUACAUCGAGGUCGUCUUACUUCUCCAACUUGCGAUGGACGGCUGUUGUUCCGUCGCGACUCGAACAACCGUGCAUUCAUCAUGUGUGAGCAUCGCCAUCGGAAUGGAAACCGAGAUCAUCUCAUCGAUUACACUGCGGGAGGCGGUUUGUAUGAUACCAGUUACCUUGAGGCGUUGUUUGCAAAUGACCUCGAAGCUUGCGCAGAGUUUGAGGACGACGAGUAUGUCUUAGCCAACACUGGCCCCUCGAGUACAUGCACAACUGUCGCCAAUUUCUCGACGAUGAAGAUUGAGUGUUUGAAUGAGCACCGGCAUGCAGAUGGGCAGCUUGGUGUCACUUUCCUCCGGCAGGUGGAUUGUGCAUGCAAGUUUCUCCUUUACGAACCAUGCCCGGAAUUUAUCGAUGAAUGUCCAUGGGCCUUGCUUGUCUGUCAUGGAGCUCAUCGACAUACAAUUCCUCUCGUUACCAAGACACCACCGCAUAUCCGGGAGAUGAUCUUUUCAUUGCUCAGAAGGCUAGACAACGACAUCGCCGACUUGACUCCUCGCCGCUUCCUCCGUCACCCUGCGACCACCAAUUUUCUGCGGGAGAUCUUUCCGCAUGAUGAUGCGCCAUCCCUCCUUGAUCUUCAUCCAUCGCUCGGUAACCGCGACCAUGUUAGCGCAUAUAUCUCCCAAGUGCAACGGGAAAUGUUUCCAUCUGGAACUGGGUGGGCAGGGCUCGUCCAUCUCAAGGAGCAACAAGACGAAUUUGAUUUGUCUCAAGAGGCAUAUAUCCGAUAUGUCGAGGAGCUUCCAGAGAGUAGAGCAUCCACUUUCCGCAUUGCUAUUUGCAUGGCGCCUGAGAGCAGCCGCCUUCUGCUCAAUGCCAAAUUCAUUCAAAGCGACAUUAGCUUCCGCCGUAUUGCUGGCUUCAAAGAGUUUGAGCUGGGUGGUCUUGAUGCCGAUUCCCGAACAAGUGUUGUUUACUGUCGAAUCUAUGUCAAUCGCCAAACAGCUGCCGCCCACCAUAUGAUCUUCCAGAAGAUACAUGAUAUUGUUCGCCUCGACACCGGCGAAGACCUGCGUUGGUGA